AGAGCGCCGUACACGCCGCAGCCAUGAACGGUCACUCUGAGUGUCUGCGUCUGCUCAUCCACAUCACUGACCAGCAGACGGCCGUCAACAUCAGUGAUGGGAAGGGACAGACUCCUCUGAUGUUGGCGGUUCUGGGUGGACACACAGAUUGUGUGUAUCUUCUGUUGAGUGAAGGAGCCAGUGUGGAGGCCAGAGACAAAUGGGGCAGGACGGCCCUCCACCGCGGGGCAGUGAUGGGUCAGGAGGCCUGUGUGGAGGCUCUGUUGCAGCACGGCUCCGGUCUGCUGGUUCAGGACAGCAGGGGGCGCUCUCCUGUGCACCUGGCGGCUGCCUGUGGUCAUGUGGGGGUUCUGAGGGCCCUUCUGAAGACCCAGAAGACCGUCCUCGUCCUCAAGGACAACUGUGGUUAUACACCGCUGCACUGGGCCUGUUAUAAUGGUCAUGACGCGUGUGUUGAGCUGCUCUUGGAGCACGAUGUGUUUCAGAAGCCGGAGGGAAACUCCUUCAGUCCGCUGCACUGCGCCGUUAUUAAUGAUAAUGAGUCUGCGGCUGAGCUGCUCAUAGAAACUUUAGGUCCAGUGAUUGUAAACGCCACAGACUCACAGAGCAGGACACCGCUUCACGCUGCGGCGUACACCGAUCACGUGGAGUGUGUGCAGCUGCUGCUGGCUCACAACGCUCAGGUCAACGCCAUCGACACGCUGGGAAAAACAGCGCUCAUGAUGGCCGCUGAGAACGGGCAGACUAACACCGUCGAGGUGCUGGUGAGCAGUGCUAAAGCUGAUUUGACAUUACAGGACGCUCACAGAAACACAGCUCUGCAUCUGGUCUGCAGUAAGGGACAUGAAACCAGUGCCUUGUUAAUUCUGGAGAAGGUGAUGGACAGAAACCUCAUCAACUGCACAAACGCAGCGCUGCAGACGCCGCUGCACAUCGCUGCUGCUAACGGACUGACGGUGGUCGUACAGGAGCUGCUGGGUAAAGGAGCCAGUGUCCUCGCCGUGGAUGAGAACGGUUACACUCCAGCUUUGGCUUGUGCUCCGAACAAGGACGUGGCCGACUGUUUGGCGCUGAUACUCUCUUCCAUGAUGCCCAUCUCUCCCAGCAGCACCCGCACCAUGUCGAGCCUCACCUUUAACACCAUCAACCACUACUCAAGCUUAUCUAAGACUGUGACCUUUGACCCGUUACCGGUGCUGCGCUCCGAGCAUGCCUCCUACUGCAAGUUCAACAGCCUGGGCAGCGAGGACAGCCUCAUCAUCCCAGAUGACGAACUCAAUGAUUCAGACUCAGAAACAUACUGA